AUGGACGAAAAGAUCAAAUCCUUGAAAAGGUGGAUUCAGGGCAGUGCUGCUGAUCUUUUUCAAGAGCCAUGUAUCUCGGAUGGCAUAGAUGUUCAUGAUAGAGAAGAUUUAGGUAGGCAUUUGAUCGCCAGCAAGAGUAUCGAAAAUAGAAAGGUAAUAAUAAGGAUACCAAGAAAAUGUAUGCUUAAUUAUAUUACUAUUUUACAGCACCUUGCGUAUUGGAAUCCGGAGGUAUGCUUUUAUUUAAAAGGAAAGGGUAUUUCUCCGGUAAGUGCACGAAGCGAGGAAGUUAUUCCAUCAGAGAAAGGGGAUAAUGAAGAUACGUUUAGAAAUAUGUACAAAGGAUUAAAAUUAUCCAAAAUUCUUAACCUGACGUCUACACAAUUAAUCUCUUGGUAUUUAAUUAUGAUUAUCAGAAGGAAGGAAGGCUCUUUUUGGAAACACUUCGUAAAAGUGCUACCAAGCCUUGGUGAACUUCAGACGCUUCCAAUAGUAUGGUCACUUGAUCAAUUGGGAUCAGAAUAUAUUAAGCUUUUACCAGAUGGCUUGUUCCAAAGAGUCGAAAAGCAGAGCAGAAGUUUCCUGAAAGACUACAAUAAAGUUUGCGAGUUUACCGAUUCACUCGAUGAAUGCCUGAAAGUUGACUCAGAGUCAUUUUUAUGGGGAUGGUUAGUCUGUAAUACUCGGUGCAUAUACUUGGAUCUACCUGACUUUUUGAAUCAGGAUUCAAAGGAAAAAUUUACUCUGGUACCUUAUGUUGAUUUCUUAAAUCAUACUUUGGAGGAACACUGUACCAUCUCGGUAAACAGAAAGUUUUUUUCUGUUUCCACCGCAAAAUCAAAGUAUCGCCCAAAUGAACAACUUUACUUCAGCUAUGGCCCUCACACAGAUGAUAGACUUUUGUGUGAUUAUGGUUUUAUGCUACCAUUGGGAGAAAAUGCUUGGAACGAUUUGGAUAUUACUGACUUCAUACUGAAAUUAUUGAAGCCCCCACAGAUAGAGUUUCUUAAAAGUAUAAAUUAUUUUGGCGAUUACACAAUAACCAAAGACGGUAUGUCAUUUCGCACUGAAGUAGCUCUAGCAACAAGUCAAGAAAACGAAUCCAGCUUUAAAUCAGAUGGUCCUAUAAAUAGCGUCAGUUGCCCUAGAAGACUCAAAUCAUUUAUUGAUGGAUAUUCCGAUGGCCGAAGUUAUUGCGUGAAAUCGAACAAGAUACUUGAUAAUAUUAAAAAGGAAAUUAAUGUCACUUGCCAAUGCCGCAUAAAGGAAGUGGAGUCUUUACCAGGAUACCAAAAUAAUGAUACAAGAUUAACGAUAGUAAAAAGAUGUUAUUUAAAUAUACAACUCAUUUGUAAUUAG